GCGUUAAAUAAAGUAAAGCUGGUCAACUUUUCGAUAUAGUGCACGCAAGAAGUAAGUUUGAAAAAAUGACUAUUAGCGUAUCUGUAACGAGGAACGUUACAGGCGUUAUCGUCGUAAAGUUUUUAACUAUCGUCGUCGAAAUGGUUGGUCGCAUCGUUUGCUCGCACAUAAAGUCGCCACUGUUCUUUCUGUUCUACCGACCCGCAUCUCCCCUCUGAGUUAUAAUUUUCUUCGGAUACAGGGGUGCUCAACCAACGUAGAAAACCGACAUGGCUGAGGUCGCCACCCUCUCCGCCAUCUGUCGCCUCCGCAGGACGCGUCCUCGAUCGCUCGCUACCCUCGCAGAGGGGUAAUAUUGAUUUAUUCGUUGCCGUUAACCCCUUCCACGUAGAGAACACGCUCUUGUUCACCCCUAACUCGCUGGUGUACGUACGGUACGUGCAGUCAAGCUGGGGUUGCCAUCUCCCUUCACGUUUUCCACUCGCGCGGCGUCCCACGGAUCAAUACGUGCAGCCUUCUUCCUCAUUCCGGACGGCACCCCGCCAAAAAACUGUGUGACGUCGUCGCCGAGAUCGAAAUCAAUCGGUUCGACUCCUGGGGGCGGGGAUCGAGACUCGAUGCGCCCCCACCGGGGUCGAAUUAACUGGUUAACCGAGUAGCUUUUUGUCAGGAUUGUCCGAAACAGAUAGAAACUGUUUCCGAAGGAUAUACGUAACGAAGUUAUUCUUACGGGGUGUCGAGUAUGGAAGGAUUGGGGCCGGUCACAGUCUCCUCGAAAAGAAAUAUAUUCCGUGGAAAAGCGAGAACGAAGCACCACUCCUACGUCUGUCGUGCAAAUGCUCCUCUGGAGGAAACGGUGGUUCGCUCGUUGUUCUAGUUCCAAAGGGAAAUCGAUCACUCUUUUCAGCGAGCCUCUAAAUCGUCCCGCGAUCUAGAGGCAAAACGUUUCCCGCUCAUGAAUAUUUAACACAAUCUCUAACACAAUCAAACCCCGAUUUUUCGCCCCUCCGGUCUUUUCAGGAAGCCGAGCUGCGACUGCUCACGCUCGAAUGAAUUACAAAGUGGUCUUAACUUCGAGAUCCUCGAGAAACAUUCGUAAUUGUUCGUCGUUCCUUCUUCGUUACCGCGGUUCCAUUUAAAAGGACACUGCAUCGCCUCGAGUGCUCUCCUAUCAUCCAAACGAAGUUUAUUUUGUUCAACUUCCGAUCUUGUUACGGUGAAUCAAUUCUUGGAGUGUAUCGGUGUGGAAGUGGAACGUCGCUACUGAUUGCGAGAGCAAGAUGUUUCGACGCGUUACGCUACAGCUGAAUAUACAGAAGAUAAGAACCGGAGGGGCGACGGGGGUGGAAAAGUCAAUGAAGUGGGAGAGAUUGGAAUAAAGUAUAUCGAGAACUUGUAAGAAGUUCACUUCGAAAAAGCUAUCCUAUUUAGAAGGUGGGUAUAGAUAGUCUCUUCCUUUCCAAAUUUCACACACCUCUGGUACUAUGUCUGUAGAACGAAUAACAGACAUGAUUGAUGUCCCCACUUGUACAAAUGAACAGCUUAACCCGAGAAGAAAAGUUGAAUCGCGAAAGUGUACUGCCUGGCAAAAAUGUAAUUAAAGUUCGAUGACCCAAUUAACGUGGACCCUUUCAUCGAUUCAGCUUCAAUUACGUCGCAAAAAGGGUUCGAUUCUUAAAACAAGCGAGAAAGAAUAUGUACGGGCGAGAGAACCGGCACGGGCGGUCUGUAAAUUUAAGGUCAGAAACGGAAGAGCGAUGGGAAAACGAAAGGGGGGAGAGGAUUCUGGGAUUAUUAGUUGUAACCCGACUUACAGAUACAACUUUGCGCGCAGGUAGACGAGCGGGGAAGGUACUCAUUGUUCCAAGGAUACUGGGUGACCGUUGGGAAGUUGAAAAAUGGAAGGCAGCGGCACGGGAAUUAGCAGGCUGGACUGCUACGAGGAUAUGUUCAAGGAAAUAACCAGGAAACUGUACGGAGAAGAUCCUGAUCAUAGAACAUCCAGCGUGCAGAACGAGUUCGAAACAUCCGUAUCGUAUAAGAACGACGACGAUACCGGAAAUGGAACCGAUGGGAGCGACGAUGGAAACUGGACGUGCGAAGAGGAGCCGCUUAAAGGAACCGAUGGUAGCCGUAUCGCGGCUUAUCAUCCUGGGAAAGCUACGUGGAGGUGUUACGAAUGCGGUGACGUGUUGGGCGGUGGAACACGCGACGUGGCCGAGCAUUUUAUGGAGCUUCAUUCCUCGAGGAUCCUCGCCGAUGACAGUAGGAACAGGCUGCACUCGCCUCACAAAGAUUACCUACAGACCGAUUUGAAAAUCGAGGACGUGAUUUCCUACCUGGAGAGGUUACGUGAGCGCGCCGAGCGCGUCGCACCGCCCUCCAGACGGACGCAGGAAACGCAAACGGUACCCGCCGCUUUAUUGCCGGUCACGUCGACCUUUCUGCUGCAGGAAUUACCGUCCUCUCCUGCGCCGCAACAUCUGCACCAGAACACGACGACAAUACCAACGUCGGCCACCGUGUCCGUUAGCGUGAAACGUUACACCUGUCCGUACUGCCCCUAUGGUACCGAUCGUCGCGAUCUGUACACGCGCCACGAGAACAUUCACCGCGAGGAAAAGCCGUUUCACUGUUACAUUUGCUACAAGCCGUUUAAUCGCGCCGAUCACGUGAAGAAACACUUUCUCAGGAUGCAUCGCGAGCAUGGCUACGAGCUGUCCAGGAUACGCAGACCCGCAGGAUCCAGCGCACCCAAGCCUCUCAAGCAGGAGCCAAACGCAGGAAUAACUGGAAAUGGGAACGCUAAUAGUCAGCAGCAGCAGCAGCAGCAACAACAACAACAGCAGCAGCAACAACAACAGCAACCGCAGCAGCAGCAGCAGCAGCAACAACAGCACACCAACUAUUCGUCUGGAUUUAACAAUAACAAGAGUUACCAAUUGCAGCCGAAUCCUGGUAACGGAACCACAGCUAGCGCAGCUGGAAUCUAUCAGGCGACAUCCAUGCCUGUGCCCAGCAUCAUGCAACCGGAAGCGACCAAUUGUACUACAGGAAGGAGGGUGCAGAACGGAGGGUGUAAUAGCAAGAGUCACCUCAAGGGUGGCUCUAAAGGAGCUCAGGAGCGAAGGUAUACUUGCUGCUACUGUUCCUGGAGCGGCGUAGACAAUUGGUGCCUGAAACGACACCUCAACACUCAUUUGAAACCCUUCGCGUGUACCCUCUGCGAGUACAAAGCUGCACGCGCCGAGCGUCUCGCGACGCACGUGCUAAAAGUGCACAACAGGCGGCAAUGUUCGAGGUGCUCGUUUCUCGGCGAAGACGCAGCCCAGCUGCAGAUGCAUCAGCUGCACGUGCAUCGUGUCAGCAGCGCGAACUCACCUGCAGCAGCCACGACACAGGCUGCACCGCCACCUAAUAACCGCCAUCAGCAACCCUUGCACCCCGCGGGAGGAGGCAGACCACCACCUGGUCCGCCAGUUUUUCCAGCACCAGCUCCAGCGAUCGCACCUGCUACCACUGUGAUACCGCCUACUACGAUACUCGGCCACGAGAUGGUAAACUCCCCUGCAACUGCAGCGACAAUGGCGUACCCAACAUUGGAAGAGGAGAGGCGGUCGAGCGGUAUACGCCGUGAUCACGACGACGGCCACGACCAUUGCCACGACCACGACCACGACAGCGUCAUCGACGACCUCGAGAAUGCUCGUCACGUCGAGUGUCGCCAGGGCCAGUCCGCCGACCGCGUCGUCCAAUCGCGUAGCGGUCGCGGUUGCAGCGCUGGAUCACUGGCAUCUACCCCUACCAUGCUUAAUCGUGAUUUUACGUACAGCUAUCGUGCCGUGCUCCAAGAAGACCGGUCCGCUGUCGAGUGGGAGUGUCCUUGGGCCUUGGACGGUCAGAGGAAACCCAACGAGAGGCGAUCGAGGAAGCAAAGCUUGCCGAGAAAGGUGACGUGGAACCAAGAGUUCGAGGAGGACGACCUGACCGGUUUAGAGGCUAGCGAACAGGACAAAGGACAAGAGGACGCGACCAAACUCGGAAACGAGACGAUUAGAAUGAACGAGCUCAGGGAGAGGUGUCGACGUAGACUGGCCUCUCGAACGGUGCUCAAGUGUCGAAUGUGUCCCGUGGAUUCUCUGGCCAGAGGAUCCAUUUGUCGACCCUAUCACACCAGAGCCUCCCUCGCGCUUCAUAAAUUCUGGAAACACGGUACAAGCAACAGAUUCCCGAAGAGUUGCCAGUCCAAGUCACACGUGCGUCCUGUGUCGCACGUCUCCUCUAUCACGCUCAAGGCUACCGUGUUCACCAGCCCCGACUAUGGUUAUCAUAGAUAACAUCUGGUGGAUACUGCUGAGCGGAAGUUGUUCUACAGAUUUUUUUGGCCGUAGCUGUUUGGGCAAUCGUAACGGUGGAUUACGAAGCUAGGGCUGGGACUACUCGUCGGGAAUACGGAAAGUUCGCCGGGUAGUUUCAGUCCUGCUCGAAAUGUGUCGACUGUCUUUGAUGGGUGAUAUUUUUUGUUCUUCCAAGAGGGAUGACAAAGAUUUGAAAGAAGAAUUGGUCAAGAUUUGUGAUGUUGCAUAAUUUCGGCUGAAUUAAUCCUAUUUUCGAGUAGUUGUUGAAGGUUACCAUGCCACAGCCUUUCGACGACCACCGCUGGAAGCGCAAUUUCUGGAUUCAGGGUAUAUAUUUGCUUUUAUCCUCUCGAGGUGUGAUCACCGAGCCAACGAACGUUUGAUGUUUCUUAAGGCUCUGAAUCUCGUUUCCGUUGGGUAUCAGUCGAGUUUCCGAUAAGUGAGAUCUCUAAUCGUGGCGAAAUUUUGAUGCAUUCGAAUUCGACGUUGAACUAGGUAACAGGGAAAAAAUGUUGUCGGAGCCAACGAAACCGAUAGGUAGGAAAGAAAUUUUGUCGAGACGAUAACUGUCGUCGUCGUCGUCGUCGUCGUCGUCGUCGUCGUCGUCGUCGUCGUUGUCGAUAGCAGAAACGAAUUACGUCACCGAAAAGAGAAACUAGGAUUAAGUAAGUAAGAAUAAAAGCAGCGAAACCAUUAGAUUAAGGAAUGACUAAUCGAAAGUACCUUGACACGCGUUUCCUCGUGAGCUCUCAAUCGCGUUCGUUCGAACCUAGGUUUUGUCGCGAUAACGACUAAGUUGGAAGCAGAUGUGGGAAACGCAAAGCCGAACGCACCGUAACGAUAUUUUCAUGUAAGGAUACGAAAACUGCGAAUCAACGAUGAUAAUCCGUUGAUCGCCCUCAGUUGAUGUGUUGUGCAUUUGUCCAUCGUCCAUCUGUUAUUACGUAAGAUUGCUUUUCGUUUUCCAAUCGACGGAGUCGUUUGAAAGCUGAGAUACGAAUUUGACAGGGCUGGGACUACUCGUCUAAUCUAUCGACUAUCCGUGGCAUUAUUCAAAUAGUCCUAGCUCUAGUUUUGGACGGACUCUGCGCGUAGCUAGAGGAAGAUGAAGAUCGGGUCGCGUAACCGCUGUAACGCGCUUAGGCCGGGCAAGCAUGAUUUUUAUAUAAGGAAUAUUUGUACAAAAGCCACUAUCUUGUUUACGUUAUUAUAUGAAAUAUAUUAUAUCUAUUGUACUUGAGCAGAGGACGCGAGAUCCCGGUGGAUGUAGACUUCCAGAGACAAUCGUCGCGUCGCUGCUUCUCUGGGACUCUGCGGUUUCCGGUGUUUCAUUUCACACGUCCCUUCCUUCGAACAAGAAUACAGCUUUCAUUUCAUUUUGUUAUCAUUUAGGAUACAGUGUUACUUCUUUGAUUAAAUAUUUUUAUAAGAGUAACGUCGUUUUAGUAGAAAUCUUUAAGGCUAGGCGAUGUAAGCGUAAGGUUGCUCGGUUAACGCGUUUGAUUCGUCUAAGUAUAGCGCCCCGCUGCGCUGCGCCACAAGACCAACAAUUGUUUUAUUUAAAUAAGUCAAGCUUAAUCCAAAAUCAAUUUGAGAAUUAUCUCGAGCGGACCAUUUGAAUUUCGACGAGAAAUUCGGUAGAAUAAUAAUUAGUACCUAAAGAACUAACAUAUUAAUAAUAAUACGUGAACCAGAAACUCUGUAUUGCGAUAGGUCGAGGCAGAAAGUAUUGGCUGCCGAAUGUCACCGAUACCCCCAACGUAACAUUCCGAUAUCGACAUUUCCUUCGGAAAAAUUAUUUUAUUUAAAAAUUUUAGCGAUAUUGAUUGAAUCGACGCAUCAAGUGCUGCGCAAAAUUGACUUUACAACAGUCUCGAAUGGACCAGAUGAUGUAAAAUUUUUCUAGAUGAAAUCUAGUUCCUUUAGAUUGAAGUUAAGUUUUAUAAAGUGUAUAGAAACGCCUGCAGUGAGGCGAUAAGUAUUCGGUAGCAGUUCCAAAGAAUAUUGAAACUAAAAGAAGAAAUACAUUUUUUUUUGUAUAUUGAAAAUUAAGUAGACGAAUUUUUAUUGAUUCCUACGCUUAGAGCGUCUUUUUUUUGUAACAUUGUUUUCGUAGAAACGCUUGUGACCGACCACCGGCGCACCGCCGACGCCGUUAUCAUUGCAGCUGCAAUCAAAACACUGGACGCGUCGAGGUUGGUAACGUUGGUAUGCAUUCAAGCGUUGGAGCGUCAGGAAACGUUACCUACGUCAUUUCCGUGUUAUUUUUAGCGUUCUCGCAAAGAUCCUGCAUGUAAAAACCACGAGAAACUCGGCUGAAAAAUGUAGAUGCACUAUUUUGAAAUUCAAGCUAUAAAUUAUGAGAAGC